CCCACCCUGCUUUCGUGAAGGCCUCUGUUCAUUAUUUGGUGCUGAUCCGCUCAGGAGCUGCUGCCCGCCAGGGAGAGACGCACCGGGAGCCGCCGCACACAAACGCGCCGUCAGAAAAUGUCUGUGGAGAAAGUAUUCGACGAGCUCGGACAUUUCAAAAGAUUUCAGGCAUGUCUGUACUUUGCAGCAGUCUUCCAGGCCAUAGCUUGUGGAAUCCACUACCUGGCCUCAGUUUUUCUGGUGGAAACUCCAAUUUUUGUGUCUAGCGUGCCCGGCAACAUCACCGACGUUCUGUAUGGUAACGUGACGGCAAGCAGCCUGGAAGAAAUCUUACCAGUCUUCAAAUCAGGUAGUGGACCACUGGUGGUGAAGACAGCAGAAGGAGAACAGUGGGAGCUAAGCCGGUGCCGCUGCACCCUUCGCAUCAACCCAACACACUUUUCGUAUGACUUCGAUGGCAACAAAACAGUGAAAGAAUGUACAGGGAACUUUGUUUAUGACCACACUGAAGUUUACCAAAGCAUUGUGACCGACUGGGACUUGGUAUGUGAUAAAGAGUGGCUGGCCAAGCUGUGCCAGCCCACAUUCAUGCUCGGGGUGCUGAUUGGAGCGCUGGUGUUUGGGGACGUUGCUGACAGAGUUGGGCGUGUGAAGAUUCUGAUGCUCACCAGCGUUUGUCAGUUUGGGUUCGGAGUAGCUGUAGCAUUCUCCGGAAACUACUAUUUCUUUGUGGUGCUCCGCUUUCUCCUUGCUAUGGUGUCUAGUGGCUAUCUGGUGGUGGUCUUUGUCUAUGUAACAGAGUUCACUGGCAACAAGGUACGCACAUGGACAUCGAUGCAUGUGCAUGCAGCCUUUGCUGUUGGCGUCAUGAUGGUGGCUCUGACUGGUUACCUGGUGCGGGUGUGGUGGAUCUACCAGAUAGUCCUCUCCGUAUGCACCGCACCUUUCUUGCUCUUUUGCUGGAAGUUUCCCGAGACUCCCUUUUACUUGAUGGCCAAGGGCCGCUAUGAGGAAACUGAGAAACUGCUGAAUGUGAUUGCCCGCGUCAACGGCCUUGAAUGCAGGCUGAAAGCUGAGGAUCUCCUGGAGCCAGGGAAGAGAGAAGAUGGCAAAAGUCUGCUGAAGGGAGACACAGACGAGCAGUCAUCCAAGCCUGAGAAGAAGCUGACCAUCGUGGACCUGUUUGGCAGCUGGAGGAUGGCCGGUCGUACAUGCACAGUGUGGGCCAUCUGGUUCAUCGGCAGUCUGGGCUACUACGUCUUCUCUCUGGGCUCAGUAAAUCUGGGAGGAAACCAGUAUGUUAACCUCUUCCUUGCUGGUGCAGUGGAGCUCCCCUCUUAUCUGGUUGGCUGUUUUGCAAUGGAUCGGAUUGGAAGGAAGAAGACGUGUGCCCCAUCUCUGCUCCUGGCUGCGGUCGCCUGUUUUCUCGUUAUUGUGGUACCUGCUGACAUAGAGAUCCUAACUAUUGUUCUGAGUAUGAUAGGAAAGUUUGCUAUUGCAAUUGCCUUUGGUCUCAUCUACCUCUACACCUGCGAGCUUUACCCGACUAUCAUCAGGUCUUUGGCAGUAGGUAGUGGCAGUAUGAUGUGCCGUGUCGGCAGUGUGGUGGCCCCUUUCUGUGUCUACCUGGCUGACAUCUGGAUCUACCUACCUCAGCUUAUUGUAGGAAUCCUGGCAUUAAUUUUUGGAGUACUCGCACUGUUUCUGCCUGAGACCCUUGGCAAACCUCUGACAACCACCUUGGAAGAGGCUGAAUCUCUGGGACGUAAGCCCAGCAAGAUGAACGACAGACUGGAGCUGAACCAGCAUGGAGCAAAAGCUUGAGCCGUACACUUCAGGGAACACAGAGAUCUACACACAAGGAGACAAGCUGUGGAAGAGAGACGAGGUAACAACAGUUAAAUACCUGGAAACAAAAACGACAGAUUAAUAGGAUGGUUGGAAAAAAGUGAAAAACAAGAAAAGAUACGUUUUUAUGAUAACUUGUGAAGUGACUUUUUUGUUGACAUUUUGUUCUGUAAAGUGACCAACAGCUUGAUAUUUUAGGAGGCCUGAGAACUUCCUCACAAUCUUCUGCUCUAUCAUGUAAACACCACAACACAAUGAAAAUCAUGUGCCAUGUGUGGUAAUUUGUGAAAGCAUACUUUGAGUCUUUUUUGUAGUUUCGAUCAUAAUUUCUAUUACUGAUUUUAACUUUGUACUUAAAAUUUUUUUCAAAAUUUCUUGGAACACAGCUACAAAUAAGACAGACAUGACAGACAAUAGAAAGACUUUAUUUAUUUUUAAAUCAAAUGAAGUUUUUGUAGUUAUAGGCAGAACAAAAGCAGAUUUUUAUGUUAGGUCGUCAGGUGUUUCUUGCCCUGUUGGGCUUCUUUCAAGCAGUGUUUCAGCGGGUAUCCUCCUGCUCUUACCACAGUGUUUAUAUUACCGACAAGAAGUGAUGACCAAAACUAUUAAAAUCAGACUCCAGCUGUACUGAACCAAGUCAUCCUUUAAAACAAAGUUAUCAAAGCUAAACUGCUGCACAUUUUUUGGCAUCUCCGACCAUCUGACCAGAUCAUGGCAGUGCCUUGGUUAUUUUAUACCAUAAUAAAUCGUAUGUCGUGUAUCUAGAAUGUAUUAUUCUAAUAUUAAAUAAGUGCCUUCAACUUGCCUUUUAAGGCUUUCUUUUAAUCUCAGGACAUCAGUUUUGCUGUGAAUCUAUCACUGGAUUUAUCCUCAACUGCCUCUUGUUAAAGAUCAAAUAUUUAAAGGUAACAAAAGAGCAAAGUUUUGCACACCAUUGUUAGACCUUUAUUAGUUCUUCUUCUUCCUAUUAUUGUGACCUUUAUUAAAGGUUAAUGAAUUUUCUAAUUACCCAUAAACAUUACGGCGAUCACAAUAACAGUGUGCAGGAGUUUUUUAAUUGCUCAUCUUGUCUAAGAUGCCAUUGCUGAGCUUUACUAUGCCUUUGUUAUCCAAUCUGUGUGCAUGUGUGGGUAUAACUGAGUAGAACAGUCAAGUUAAGAUUUUUUUUAUAUGCGCUUAUAUGCAAUCAGACGCUAGGCAGAUUAAGAAAAGAAGCAUAAUAGUACCUUAUAGAGUCUUCAAGAGUCAAAUAUGAUCUCCAGAUGUUUGGACCAAAUACAGGGAUGGACCACAACACUGUGGAGAUGUACUGUAUAUACCUGAUUUACAAUAUUAUGUUACAGUUAUGGUGCAUUAAUCCAAAGGAGAAAAAGAACAGCGGCUGGUGUUCUAAAACUGGUGACUGGUCUGCAAUCAACAGUAUGGACUUUUCCAUUAAUAGCAUCCUCGUCUUAUUUUGAUUUACAAUAAAUAUGCAGAGGAUUGACACUGGGGUUUAUGGCUUUUUCAUUCUGUUCAUAUGAACUGGCUUUAGUUAGCACAGUUUUACAGUGAUACAGAAAGAGACUUUAUAAACCUCGGUAAAGGAGCAAGUGAAUUCCUUCCAUUUGUCAAUAAGGAAAGUUUGAACUUGGUGCUGGAAAUGCAAAAAUAAUACAGCAGGUCUGAGGAUACGGUGCCUAUAUACAUUAACAGCUUUGUGUUUGAUGGUGAAGGGGAAGUCCCACAGCCACAGUGACAUUCCCAUCGCCAUUACCGAAUACAUAAAGGUCCUCUGUGUUCAACUUUUCAGGAGAAAACUACCAGUUUUUAUGUGUGUGUGCUUAUGUGUAUGGAAAAGUACUAAACAUGAGUUCUUCUAACGUGAACUUCCAGUUCUGGCGUGAUACUGGUGCCUCAAAUAGAGUGGGGGCUAUUACUGGGCUAAAUGGAGCGAGUAAGGAUGUAAGGAUGUUGUUAUCAAUCUGCUUCAUGUAAGUGAUUAUCUCCUGUUGUUGACGAUGUGCCAAAAUUCUGAAAAUGUAAUGAAUGUUUGUGGAUAUUUCCAAAAACAUUUUGUCACUCAAAUUUUUCAAGAUUUAAAUAAAAAAACAUUUGAGUAUUA